AUGAGUUCAAUAGUUGCUAAUAAUAUAGCACAAUGUAUUGAUGCACUUGUUAGAUUUACUUGUCUUAUUAGUGCUCCUCUAAUUUUAAUUGUUGUUCAAAUAAGUCGUAUUGAUCAUGAACGUAUAUCAGAAAAAGUUCAAGAUUCAUCAGCUGACACAUUUGAAAUAGCUGGAGAAACAGUUCGAAGUUUUGGAAAUGACGACGAAGAAUUGGAAACACUCUUUUACAAUCAUAUCAAGUUUCAUGAAUACAAGCACAUUUAA